AUGGAAGUGGGAUCCAACUUGGAAAACAAACGCGCCGGGGUCUGGGGGCGGGGAGGGGCGGGAGACGGGGGAGAGGAGGAGAAAAGCUUCUUCACCCGGCGGCGCGCCCCGCGCUCCCCGCCGGCCUCCCGCCGCGGCGGCUGCAGGUUACCCCGCCCGGAGGCCGAGCAGGGACCGCCGCGCGGGGCGCGGGGCGCGCGGGACGGGCUGGGCCGGCAGACUGGGCGAGCCCGGGCUACCGAGCGCCCGCUCUCCAGGCCGCGGGCGCCUCUCGCUCCAGGGAGCCUCGCCGAGCCCCACGCCAGCGCUCCCCAGCCCACAAGAGCCGGGCUGGGAAAAGCGAACAAUGCAAGUUGCUUUCCGCCAAGCCUCAUCGCGGUCCCCGUUCAACCGUCUCGGAAAGCACACGCGACACGAGUCGGCGGGAGAGGGGAGAGAGGAGUGCAGACCACAGCGAGGCUAAAAAUCCCCGGGCCCUGCGCCCCGCGCCGGCCUGGGGGCCCGAUGCACUUUAGCUCAGCGACCCCCACUGGCGGCGCUCGAGCGCGCCGGGCGAGAACCCUCCCGGCCACCUCUGCCACCGCCUCGCCCGCGCGCCGCAGACCCCCGCCCGGACCCCGCAGCCACACUGGUCCCGGCGCAGGGGUCCACCCGGCACCGCCUGGGAAGGGGCCUGGGGAGUGGAGCUGGCGCACGCUCGCAUUCGACCCACUCGGCAAUCCCGGGCGGUCCGCAGCGCACCCCCAGGACGCCCAGCCCCGCGCGGCUUUCUUUUCAAAGACAAGCCACCUUCACGCACGCCCGCCAAAACCCGUGCUCUCCCAAGGCACUCCGUUUGCUGUCCCCACGGGAGCAGGGACAGUCCCACCUCCCCCCUACUCCACAAGAAAAACUGUCGCCCCCGUCCCAGAGUCGCGGCCGCUCGGUACACCUCACCCCGCCCGACCCCGCACACCAGAGUCACACGCGGAGCGGACCCGCGGAAUGUCUCCUAACCCUUUCCCCUCCCUGGUCAAAGUGGAGUCUGGGCUCUGCUACAGCCGGCGCCUCGCCAGCGCCCCACCAGCAGCGGCCACCGAGCAGGCUCGCCGCCUGGCCCUCCGAUCCACCUGCAGCCGGCAGGCAGCCGGGAGUCGGGGGCUGGGUGCACCGUUCUGCAAGCCGCCCCGCGCCCCCUUUUCCAAAUCCUCAGCCCCAAACUUGGCCAACUCUCCAUGCCAGCCUCCCGGCUGCCGCCGCCGCCAGGCCGAGCCUCCUUCUCCUCCUCCUCGCGGCGGCAGCCAAGGCUGCCGAGCCGUGCCGAGGCAGGAACUUUACCAGGUGAAAAGUUUCCCCCGCGCGCCCCGCCGGCUCUCGCCUCCCCGAGCCCCCCGAGCCCCCCGUUCCCAUCCGGCAGCUGCAGCUGUGCGUCUGGCGGCGCCCUCCAGCCGGGACACCCGGCAGCCAGACCACGGCGUUCAAGAUGCCCACGCACCCUUGCCUCCGCCGGCGACGCUCCGCUCCACCAGGCGCUGUCCGCGGGCUCUUCCUCGGCCGGCGCUCCCGCCCGGGCCGAGCCGGCCACCCGGCCGCGGCCGCCGCAGUGCCCGCCGCGCGCCCGCCGGGGCUGGAGCCGCUAGCAGAGGCGCUCGGGACGCCGCCGCCACCGCGGGGGCUCGCGGGCGGAGGGGCGAAGCCGGGAGGAGGGGGCCGGGGGCGCCAGACCCCGAUCCGCAGCGCAGCUCGCGGCGCAGCUGCCGGGAGGAGCGCCCGCUCCCGCGUCUGCUCCGAGCCGCCGCCGCCGCCGCUAGUGCUCGCCGCCCGGCUGCUCCGCGCUCCCCAUCACCGCCGACGCCGACGCGCGGCCAAGCCCCUCUCCCUCGCCGCCCCCCUCGCGCUUCUCUCCCGCUGUCUCCUCCUCCCAAACCGCCGGCGCAAAGGGCGAGGGGGGAGAAGCCGCGCGGCCGGGAUGACUCGCGGGCUCGGAGCGCCGCGGGCGGGGGGACGGGGGCGGGGGCCGGGGGCGGCGCGCAGAGCCUGAGGGUGCUCCAGGCGCCCGGCCUGGAAGCCGGGCUAAUUUUAGAGCUUGGCUUCCCCAGCCGCUCUCUGGGGCUCCAGGAUACCGAGAACGUGUCUUCCUGGCGCGGGUGGUGUUGGUGA